AUGACGUCUAACGAUAAUCGCCUCGAACUCCAGAAGCGUCUUCAACUGAGGAUGAAGAAUAAAACCGACACCACCAGUCAAACGACUCCACGCACGUUCGAUCAAUUGCCGCAUUUCUUACAACAAGUUCUUCCUGAUAAUUAUACCUACAUCAUUAAAUCGUACAAAGAAUUGGAACUCGAAAAUUUUCCGGGCGCACCGAUGGCUGCCUUCGACUCUACGUUCUACGUAAACAUCUCAUCAGCCGAGGCCAUUGAGGAAUGGAGAACUGCGUUUCACAACAAAACCGGCACCAUCUUUCGAAUCACCCGUGCCGACAAGGUAAAAGGGAUAAAGGUCAUCUAUCAUAAGGAUUUCCAUUGUAGGCACGCCGACAUUGCUGCCAUCAAGUAUAUGCAGAAGACCUACGCUCAAAAGGCUGGCCAGAGAAGAAGUCGAAAUACAAAUUGUCAGUGCCUGGCGAAAAUUCGUCUCGAGAAGAGUAGACUUAUUCUUUCUCAUCCCUGUGAGAUACAUCUCUUGUAUAAUCACAACCACCCUCUGGAGACCUUUAAUCUCACUCCGUCUACUCCCUCGAUGGUGUCCUCGACAAGUGACGAAAGCGGCAAAAGCACGCCGCAACACAAUUUGGACUUUGAUUCAAGUGAUACUGACUAUUGUCACGGAAUCAUAAAAUUCAUGGAAAAUCCUCGGAGGCCCAACCUUCUCAAUCAAUUCGCUUGGAUGGAGCCUUCUUCACUGGCCCACCUAAGUCAAGGCGAAAUGAACUUCGGUCAAGUCGACGCUUACGGUAAUGAUUCGUUUAUUGGAUAUCCAACCCAGGAUGAAAAUCCUCAAUUUCAACACCAUUUUACUUCGCCGACCACCGCUGUACCCGUACAUUUUACCGCCGAACAAUUUCUGAUACAACCAAAUCGUGUGGAAACGAUUGAUAACGGCAUUAGGUCAAUACUAAAACCAACCAUUAACGGCAGUAUAGGGUCCCGUUUUACCACAACGUCCAUCUCGGAUCAACAAUACUUGUCACAAUCAUCUCUCUGCGUUGAAGAUCGACCAUCACUAAAAAGGUCAUCGGUCGACCAGCAGGGACGAGAAACUAAUUCUCAUUUUCCUUUGUACAAAAGAAGAUCGACAAGCGCCAAAAGGACAGAUUUGAUAAUCGGUUUGGCGCAGGGAUUAUCAAGCUGA